UGGCGCGCGCCAAAAGGAGCAAGCAAUUAACCCCGCGCUCCCAAUGGAAUAUGCCCGUGUCGUUGGCCCGCCGUCGACGCGGGCGGCAUCCACACCUGCCUAAAGCGGCCUAUAAAUCCAUCCUUCCAUUCCCCAAGAACCAUCAAACCAUCAGACCGAGAUAGAUAGCUCUGCAGCGAGUGCCGAAGAGAUCGAUCCAAGCAAGCCAUGAUGAGAUCCUGCCUCCCCCUCGCCCUCCUGGUCGCCCUGAGCGCCGCCGGGUGCGCCGCGGCGCAGGCGGCGGACUACGACUUCUUCUACCUCGUGCUGCAGUGGCCGGGGUCGUACUGCGACACGAAGCAGAGCUGCUGCUACCCGCGGUCGGGGAAGCCGGCGGCGGACUUCGGGAUCCACGGCCUCUGGCCCAACCGCGACGACGGCUCCUACCCGCAGAACUGCAACCCCGCCAACGCCUUCGAUCCCUCCAAGGUGAGCGACCUGCUGAGCAGCCUGCGCAGGGAGUGGCCGACGCUGGCGUGCCCGACGAGCGACGGGCUCCAGUUCUGGGCGCACGAGUGGGAGAAGCACGGCACCUGCGCGCAGAACCUCUUCAACGAGCACGGCUACUUCCAGACGGCGCUCCACCUCCGCGACCAGCUCCGCGUCCUCGACGCCCUCACCUCCGCCGGCGUCUCCCCGGACGGCGGCUACUACACGCUGAGCGCCAUCAAGGGCGCCAUCCAGCAGGGGACCGGGUUCGAGCCCUUCGUGGAGUGCAACCGCGACGAGUCCGGCAACAGCCAGCUCUACCAGCUCUACUUCUGCGUCGACGCCAACGCCUCCGGCUUCGUCGAGUGCCCCGUCCAGCCCGGCGGCAGGCCCUGCGGCAACAGGGUCGAGUUCCCGACCUUCUGAUGCGCCCAUUUCCUUUUUCCCUAAUUCAUUCACUCCCUGCGUUAUUAUUUGCAUAGUUCAAGGGCUCGUGAUGUUAAUGAAGACAAUGUAUAUCUUGAAAUUGUGUAAAAAUGUGGAGGGAGCCGGUUGCUAUUUCAUAUUCAGAUAAACAAGGAGCAAUACUUUCAUUUUU